UGAGACCAGGAUUGAACAGACCCAGAUGGCGGUGGUGUGGCAACAUCAGGGUGGAAAUAGUGUCAGUGAGCCCAGGGUCCUGUGAAAACUGGAUGAAUAGGUUCACCCAGUUAUCAAUAGCCGUUUCACCAUGAGCUCCAAUCCAGAGCAGAUGAGAAUGCAGGCUAGGAUGGCCAAGGGGCAGGCCAUGAAGGAGGAGGACAAGCUCUUCAGGUAUAAGGGGGUGCUGUACCCCACCAUCAUGUCCCCUCUGGAGAACCUGAAAGCCAUGGAGCACCUGGGAGCACGGCAUGAUGAUGUCAUGCUUGCAGCCUACCCAAAAUCUGGGUUCAACUGGAUGACAGCAGUGGUGCAGAAGAUCAUGGCUGUUUCCACAGGAGGAGAAGUUCGCUGGGGGCACCCACAUAUAGAGUUCUUCGACCCUGAGGCUCAGCAGCUUUUGAGUCAAGUACCAUCUCCAAGAUUUCUGGGAACACACAUGCACCCGGAUAACAUGCCUCCUUCCUUUGCUGCCAAAAAAACUAAGAUGCUGGUCAUCAUCAGGAACCCCAAAGACACAGCCGUUUCCUUCUAUCACUUCUCCGUGAAAGACCCGGUGCUGCCCACGCCCGAGUCCUGGGACGUGUUUUUCUCAGGCUUCAUGAGCGGAGACGUGCCUUGGGGUUCCUACUUUGACCACGCUCUGGCCUGGGAGAAGCGCAUAGAGGACCCCAAUGUGAUGAUUGUAACCUACGCGGAAAUGAAAGAGGACCUGAGUAAAGGAGUGCAGCAGAUCUCCCAGUUCUUCGGCUUCCCCCUGAGCAAGGAGCAGAUCCAGACCAUCGCUGAGGACAGCACCUUCUCCUCCAUGAAGGAGAAAUCACAGGUGUCACACGGGAUAUUGGCCAGCAGCAUCAUCUUCAGGAAGGGUGAGGUGGGUGACUGGAAAAACCACUUCAGCGAGGCUCAGAGCCGGAUGAUGGACGCAGAGUUUGAGAAGCGCUUGGCUGGAACUAAGCUGGGCGCGAAGCUGAAGUACGACCUGUACUGCAAGUAGAGCUGCCUGAGAGGAAGGCCACCAGCGGCAGCCAAAUACCUGGACCGGAUUCACUACAAGCCACAAGCCCUGGACCGGAUUCACUACAAGCCACAAGCCCUGGACCGGAUUCACAACAAGCCACAAGCCCUGGACCGGAUUCACACCAAGCCAACCAGCCAGGAGAGUUCAAGGACAAUGUGACCCACACAAACAACAACAAAAGAAUAUGCUUCUUGUAAAUAAAAUUUAAAAAAACA